AAGAGCAAGGUGAAAUUCCAAGCUGUCGACCAACACGGCCAAGCAUUAGCCAAUGCUACAAUCACUAUUAAACAAAAUCUUCCCGGUUUCCCGUUGGGUUGCACGAUGAACCCGCUCGUCCUAGACAAUGCUGCGUACCGAAAGUGGUUCACGCCCAGGUUCAAGUACACGGUAUUCGAGAACGAGUUGAAGUAGUAUAUCAAUGAACCCUCCCGUGGCAAGAAAGACUACGGUCCCGCUGAUGCCAUGCUCAAGUUUGCCCAGGCAAACAACAUUCAAGUACGAGGUCAUAACAUAUUCUGGAAUAAUCCGAAACUUCAACCUAAUUGGGUGGGGGAACUUUCAACAGAUGACCUACGAAUUGUUACAGAUCACAGGAUACAUUAUUUAAUGAGUAAAUACAAGGGACAGAUGAUCCAUUGGGAUGUUGUGAAUGAAAAUUUGCAUUAUUCGUUCUUUGAGGGCAAAUUAGGAGCAAACGCAUCAACUACAUUCUACAAGAAGACGAACCAGAUUGAUGGGAACACAAUUCCAUUUCUCAAUGAUUUCGACACAAUUGAGAAAAGCGGAGGUCUAGCCUCACCAGCUAAGUAUUUAGAAAAAUCUGUCAAAUUAGAGAAGAAGGUUUUAAUGGUCCUUUGGGAAUUCGAUUAGACGGUCAUUUUACAGUUCCAAAUCUUCCUUAAAUAAGAGCUUCACUCGAUCAACUUUCUUCUGCGAAUCUACCAAUUUGGCUUACUGAAUUGGAUGUUGAUUCCAGACC